CCCCCAACUAACAACCCUCCAAUUAAAUUCCCAAUUUAUCUCUCUCACUCUUUCUAAUCUGUCUUUUCUUUAUCAAAACUUCAUCUUCUUCUUUAUCAAAAUCAACACCAGAAAAUUCCAAACCAAACCCAACCCAACCCAUAAAUCUCAUCCCAUUUCCAGUUUUCUCACAUUUAAAAUCCUCUGUUUUGAAAUGGGCUGCUCUGCUUCUAGGUCUUCACCACCAAUUCACUUCACAACAAUCACCACAACAGCCACAACUAUUCUUGAAACCCAAAACCCACCUUCAAAUUCCUCAAAUUCAUCACCUUUAGAUCACCGUUUUUACUCACCAUUUUCAGAUCAUUAUUAUAUCUCUUCUUCAGCCCAAACCCCUGUUUCGGCCCAAACCCCUGUUUCAAGAACCAUGUCUUUACCAACCCCUUUAAUCCAUCAUCCGCCUAUACAUAAAGGUGAUUCUAAUCAUUUUGUAUCUCUAACUUCCACCACUUAUGGUUCUCUUACUAAUACUGCAGGUCCGGCAGACAAAAGCAAGAAUCUUGAAGAAUACCCUGUUUCUUCCCCUGAUUCUGUGAUCAAUACUUGGGAGCUAAUGGAAGGUUUAGAUGAUGAAGAAUUUGAUAUAAUAGAUAUAGAUGAUGAUAAUUUAAUGAAUUCAAAGAAACCCAAUUUGUAUAAUCGAAAAACAAGUAAUGGGUCAAAAGCAAAGAUUGAAAAAGAAUAUGUUUCAUUUGGGUUUGGGCUAGGUGGCCCAUUUGAAAUGGUGGAGCAUUCGGGUUCGGAUACUAAGCCUUUAUGGAAGCAUUUGUCUGAGGAAUCAUUGUUGGCGAAAAUGGAUUCUAAUCUGGUUUCUAGUUAUAAUAAAGCAUUGUUGUCAUCUAGGUAUUUGGGUCGCGAAAAGCCGAAAAUAGUAGUAAAUGAUCAUGUUAGUGAAAUUAGCAGGGUUGAAAAAAAGGGUUAUUUUUUAUCUGGUUGUGAAGAUAGAAUUGUGUUAUAUUAUACUAGUUUGAGAGGGAUUAGAAAGACUUAUGAAGAUUGUUGCGAAAUUCGUUUAAUUUUAAAAGGGUUUCGGGUUUUUAUUGAUGAAAGGGAUAUUUCAAUGGAUUCAAGUUAUAGGAAGGAGUUACAAAGUGUGUUUGAAGGGAAAGGGUUCACUUUGCCACAAGUGUUUAUCAGGGGAAAACAUAUUGGUGGUGCAGAUGAGAUUAAAAGGCUCCAUGAAGAUGGGGACUUGUUUAGUUACAUGAAGGGCUUUCCUGUUAUUGAUCCUGGAUUUGUUUGUGAUAAUUGUGGUGAUGCACGAUUUGUGCCUUGCCCGAAUUGCAAUGGAAGUAGGAAAGUGUUUGAGGAAGAUGAAGGGAUAACGAUUAGGUGCCCGAAUUGCAAUGAGAAUGGAUUGAUAAGGUGUGCUACUUGUUGUUCUUGAUCGGUUAAUUCAAUACAAUUACACGUACAUAUUUGGUUCUUUUUUAUAGUAAUUUGUUAAGAUUAUAACUACGGUUACGAUGAUUAUGAUAAUGGUAGUACUAUUGGUGUAAUUGGUAUUUAAGCUCUUGAAACUUGUUGAUCUUCAAAUAAUAAGAAGAUGAAUGUUUAUGCCCAA